AUGCCUCGACGAGACUUACGGCGAAACACUUUCGACUUGAAUGCGUUCAUGAUCGGUCUUCGAUAUCUGAGUAGACAGAUCGAAAACUCGCCCAUCCUUGCACCCUACCGGCCGAUAGAACUCAUUUCUUGCGGUGGUUUUGUUUCGACCAUGUAUCUUAGAAACCGCACCUCAACGCACGAUCUCGAUUUCUUCCUCAACGAACGGACUUACGGAAGACACUAUGAAGCCGUCAGACGGGAACUCUUGUUCCUAGUUGACAGAGUCGCCAACGUCUUGAAUUACAGCUCCGACUGGGCCAACGACGAGGUCAAAUUCUAUUUGACACUUCUUAACGACCCUGAAAUCCUGUUCGUCGAAUCGAAGCGACAGAUGCGUCCAAUCUACCAAAACCUUGAUCUGAAGAUCUAUGCUGUCAAGUGGGAAUGGCCUCAAGAUUGGCUGGAUUGCGUGUCAAUCGCAACCCUUCUUUACAACAGAGAGGGCGUUCAAAUGAGUCCCAGUCUUUUGAGGCGGUACGACCACACUGACCUCGAGACGCCUGUUCGACCUUACAUGGUGGCAGAGCUGAAUAGACGUGUGCGUCAACGAAUCGGCCGGGAUCCAUUCCCUGGUUCGACCUGGGUGUAUACGCGGCGUGGGUUCCACUAUCAGUGGCUUACUGGCGAGUCGAUACCACACAACCUGUGGCCUCCGAAAGAGGACGAGUAA